AGCCGUCAAAAAUUUGACAUAUUCUCUGCAAACAGUCGUAGUCUCCACAAAACAAACUUGACCAAAAAUUAAUUGCAUCACGCUAUUGUGACCAAUUAUCACGAUGAUUUGUGUAAUUAGACGGCGUCUGGUGAUCUAGAGAGUAUUAGAGGGCGAGUAUUUGAUAUACAAGAAAAACCGUCUUGACAAUAGUAUUGUGAUUCUAUAUAGUAACUUUGUGAAGAACAGUAAGCACCGAGUACAAUGGCACGUCUAUGGGAUGCUGGAAGGGUUUUUCGAAUUACCCAUAAAAUACUCCUGACUCCUGUAAGAAAGGACACUCCAAAUAUACGAUAUUUCCGGAAAUUCUCUACAGCUCUUCUAACAUUCCCAACAACUGGACACUUUUCUCCCAAAAUCCGAAAUUUAUCCACGGGCGGUGUUCUCAGAGCAUCGUCCAAAGAAACCCCCGAAGCACCUGAGCAAAAAUCAACUCUUGAAAUCAACACGAAGAGCGGAAAGCUCGUUGUGACGACCUCCGUUAAUGAGGAUUCAGUGGAGAGUCUUACAAUUGAAAAGGACAAAAAGAAUGCAGCAAAAGAGCCAGAAAGUGCCAGUAAAGAUUCUUCUUGGCCUAACAAGCAAAAGAGAAUGCAGGUCGAUUUCGAUCCAUCCCCAUUGGAGCGUAAAUUUAUAACACCCAGUCGUGCCAUGUCGGACUUUCUGCUGAAACCCACGGAUUUGGAAUCUCUCGUGAAGAUGCGUCGGCGAUCACCACACGCCGAAGAACCAUACAUAACCGUUUACUCGCGGAAAGAUGUUGAGGCCAAGGCCAUUGAGGUGUGGGGUUCGCGAGAAAAUCUUCUACGGGAAUGCCUUAAGCAGGAGAUUGAAAAGAAGACCCACCAGCAGAACAUUUUCACGGUCAAGAGACGUCUUCGAGACUAUCGUAGGGAGAUAGGAAGCCGGACGAGUGUGAUUGAAAGUGAAACUGGACUGUUUGGCACCUCCGGGAAGGUUGUUUUAACAGCUAUAGGAAUAAAUGCUGCAAACUUUCUGUUCAAACUUUUCGCUUGGAUCUCAUCGGGUUCCAACAGUAUGUUCGCCGAGUGCAUCCACUCCUUGGCAGAUACAAUAAAUCAACUUAUUCUUGCCUUUGGAAUUCACAAAUCAAAUCAAAUGGCUGACUCAGACCAUCCGUAUGGGUAUGCAAACAUGAAGUACGUUUCCUCGCUCAUUUCUGGGGUUGGGAUCUUCUGUGUGGGUGCUGGAUUAUCAUUCUAUCACGGCAUUAUGGGACUCGUACACCCGGAAGUCGUAGAGGAUUACUCAAUGGCAUUCCUCAUUUUGGCGGGUUCUCUCGUGUCCGAAGGUGCAACACUCGUCGUGGCCAUCAAUGCCAUCCGAAAGUCUGCCAAAUCAUCCCAAAUGACCUUCCGGGAAUACGUUGUACGUGGGCAUGACCCGUGCGUGAAUGUCGUACUUACGGAGGAUACAGCAGCUGUGGCGGGUGUUCUUGUGGCUGGAAGCUGCAUGGGUUUAUCGGCAUUCCUCAAUUCACCCAUCCCCGAUGCUAUGGGAUCUCUGCUUGUGGGUGGGAUACUCGGUGGGGUGGCUCUCUUUAUUAUUCGCACCAAUGUGAAUGCCCUCGUGGGGAGAUCAAUUCCAGAGACGAAUCUCAAGCAAAUCAACGCAGAGCUAGAGAGUGAUGUGAUGCUACGAGCUAUCCACGACGUGAAAGGUAUUGACAUGGGCAACUCCCUUGUCCGCUACAAGGCUGAAGUUGAUUUCGAUGGGAGAGAAUUGACGCGAUCCUACCUCGAUAAGCUUGACUUAAAGUCAAUGCUCGAGGAGGUAAAAUCCUUCACGACGAUCGAUGAGGUGGAGUUAUUUAUGCUGAAGCAUGGAGAGAAGAUUGUGGACCUAAUGGGUGGAGAGAUCGACAGGAUCGAAAUGAAACUUAAGAAAAAAUAUCCAGAAAUUCGGCAUUGCGACUUGGAGAUUCUCUAGGCAGGACUUUGUUCCCUUUUAGGUCAGUUUAUUUAUUUAUUUUUCCUACCUGCCCAACUUCCCAAGCGUCUAAGCCUAAAAUCUACAAUGAAACUAUUACUACGUUUCUAUCCAAGUGGUUUUAUUGCAAAAAGUGUCUCUUAUUGGAUUUUUCCUAUUUAAGCUUGGAAAAAACCAUCCAGCUCAAUAUUGAGCGGUUAAAAAACAAACAUAGUCGUUGUUCAUUGUUGCAGUUAAAAAUAAAGUGCGAUAGAAAAAUCGUUAAAUGUGAACCUCA